GGCGGCGCCGCUGCAAAGGAGGGCGCCGUGGGCCGGGCGGGGGAAGGGAGCGAGGGCUCUCUGGGCGUGUGAAGAGCGCUUGGCCCUUCUCUCCGGGAUCUUCGCGCUCUGGUUUCUGAAAUGAGGCGCUGGCGCUGCUGGGAGAGCCGGAAGAUGAGCUGCGGGACCGCUCUGGGGAGAGGCGGGGGGCCGGGGGAAGAUGGAGGCUGGUGGAGGAGCUGGCUACAGCAAAGCCUUCAAACGGUCAGGGACAAGUCUACAGAGGCCUUGGAGUUCAUGAAACGUGAUCUAACAGAAUUUACCCAGGUGGUCCAACAUGAUACAGCUUGCACCAUCGCUGCUACUGCCAGUGUGGUCAAAGAAAAGUUGGCUACGGAAAGCUCUUCGGGGGCGACGGAAAAAGUGAGAAAAGGACUCUCCAACUUCUUGGGUGUUAUUUCAGACACAUUUGCACCCUCGCCAGAUAAGACCAUUGACUGUGAUGUCAUAACCCUGAUGGCAACUCCAUCUGGGACCACAGAGUUGUAUGACAGUGCCAAGGCUCGGCUCUAUAGCCUUCAGUCUGACCCUGCCACUUAUUGCAACGAACCUGAUGGACCACCUGAGCUAUUUGAGGCCUGGCUUUUGCACUUCAGCUUGGAGGAGAAGAAAGGAGAGAUAUCGGAGUUGCUGGGAAAGAGCCCAUCCAUCCGUUCCCUCUACUCCAAAAUGGUGCCGGUGGCUGUCUCCCACUCAGAAUUCUGGCAGCGGUACUUCUAUAAAGUGCACCAGUUGGAGCAGGAGGAGCUCCGAAGGGAGGCUCUGAAGCAGCGGGCAGACCAGAGUGUUCACUCAGAAGACCCAGGAUGGGAGGAGGAGGAAGAGGAAUUUCUUGGAUCCUUUUCCUCCUCCUCACAAACUCUAAUCCAGGCAGAGUCUUCCCAGCCUGCACUGCCGGCUUCCCCCGUCUUGGCAGCAGAAGCCAUUCCGACCCUGGAGGCCUCAGUGGAGAUGUGGGCCACGCUGAGCCCCACCCCAGCAGAGGCGACCCCCUCAGAAAGCAGCGAGAGCGUCUCUCUGGUGACUCAGAUCACAAAUCCCACCGCUGGGCCUGCCUCCCCCUUACAGACUGGAGCCCCACUGGCAGGAGCUGGGGAUGAUUCCCUGAAGCUGCAGGAAGCUUGCAGAGACGAACAGGGAAGCUCCUUGGCUAAAGCAGGGAAGCCUGCACCGCCUUCUCCUCCUCCCCAGGAGGACAGGGCCUCUUCAGAGCAGCCUAAGGAGCGUGCAGAGAGCAAGUCGGGCAACAGGACAGAGACUCUGCGAGAGGACGCACCUCUGGACUUGCGACUCUUCGAGCUCAAUUCGGACAGUGGGAAGUCCACACCGUCCAACAACGGGAAGAAAGGCUCUAGCACAGAUAUAAGUGAGGACUGGGAAAAGGACUUUGACCUGGACAUGACAGAAGAAGAGGUUCAGCUGGCCCUUGCCAAAGUAGACAUCUCUGCGGCAGAGAUGGAAGACGAAGAAUGGGAGGACUGGGAAUAACAAGGGGCUUUGUUCUCCAUGGGCUCCUGGGACUCAGCCUUGCCCCUUCCCCCUUGCACCCGCACCAUCCAGUGUGAAUUAAAUCACAGACCAACUGGUUCCUUUCUCCUGUAAAAGUGUUUUGGGCUGGCUGCACCUCAUCUCUGCGCAAGUCCUCUUUGGGAACUUGGGCUAGAACCCUUGCUCAGAUCUUGACGAUAGCUAAGUUGUACAGAGGGACUGAAGAGCAACGGUGCAAUGGGUUUGUGCACCGGAGGCCUCUUUCAGACAGUCCCUCUCCCCAAGCAGAAUGGAUUUGAUUUCAUUCUCUCUUGGCAUUUUAGAGUGGAUUUGUAUGGGGUGGGGUGAAUUAUCCCUGUUUGAGUGAUCUUCAGAAAUAAUUAGGAUUAUUCUACCUAUCUCUUUUCAGUCUGAUAGCUUGCUAACUAUGCCAUGUUGUGUGUUUUGAAACCCACACAACUUCUAAGGAUUUGAAGGAGCAAAUCUCUUUGCUUACCUGUGUGAACUCCAGUCUUAAGAAGAAACUCUGUGAGGCAUUUGUGGCUCCUAUAGACCCCCCCCCCAAGACUCUUAGUGCCUGGUUUGGAAUUAACUUUUGCAUAAAUGAACCCAUUUCUCUUCUCCUAUCCCCAAAUGUAAGCUGGUCCAUUUUUCCUGGGAAGUUAAGCACUUUUUACAAAUGGAAUUAUUGUUCCGAGGCCAUUAUAUAAUCCCAUGGAAUAUCUUGCAUAAAUUCCAAUUAUGGAGGGGAAAAGAGGCACAGAGGACAUUCCUCCUGGGUUGUCACAAUCAUGGCUAAGAUCUCUUUGACGGGGAGAUCCAGUGGGGGAUAGUACUUCCCUUCAGCUGGUGCUCUACAGUGUUGCUUGGACUCAAGUAUCCCUUGCCUCAUUAGGAAGAGGCACCCUGGAUCUUCCUGGAAGCAUCUUCAUUUGCCAAAGCUUCAUAACUGUCUUCCCCUUGCAUUGAUGCUGUUGGGAGCAUCUGUAUAUCCUCUUCCAUAGAUAGAAAUCCUUGGGAAGCAACGUGCUUGUGUUGAGAGUUUUGGUUGUUCUCCACCCUUGUCAAAGAUGCUUCCUUAUCUACGUUCUCUCUAAAUAAUAAUCUGUACAGCCAUCUUCUCUUUUUUUUUUUUAGGGAAAAUGGGGGGCAGAGUGGUGCUCCCCCCUUUUGAUCUGCUUCAGAUUUAGCUAUUGCUGCCUUGCAAUGGAGUCUGACUAUAAUUAAGUCUCACUUUAAAACUCAUCAUGCUUUAAAAAAAAGGGGGUCCAAAAGGCAGAUUUAUCUUCUUGGGAUACAAUAUACCAACAAAUGUUCCUCAACAUACCCAACUGAAUUUGAAUGGAACCAGUGCCAGCUUGCUCAUUGAAGUGGGCCAAGAUCCCUGCUUUCAUUCAUUUGGGAUGGAUUCAGACUGGAGCCAUCCAGCCUCCUUUUGUCCCAGUGCAUUUGCAUGACAGCAGCAGCCAGUAACUGACAGCUACUCUGACUGUGUCCAGACCACACCUUUCCCUCCCGCAGUGCAACGUUCAAAUGGGUUCCCAAAGGGCCAGAGAGGAAGGAAGGAGUUGUUGCUGCUCUUCUCUUUCCUCUUUCUUGUUAUAAGCAGCAGCUAAGAGGAAACCCCUUGAGAAGGUGACAGCAUGUGCAGGGUUGAGAAGGGGAACAUGGUGCCUGUGGAUGCUGUUUGGUCUCAGAGUCACUGAGGAGUUUCUGAUAAGAUAAAAGACUGGCUUUCAGGGCUCCCCUGUGCCACCAGAUCACAAAAGUCAGUAUCUGUCUGAAGGAUAAUUGACUUAGGAGUCAGCCCUGAAACUAGAAGACAUUAAAGAGGAGGAAAGAUUUCCAAGUUGGUCAUCCAUGGGAAAUGUGAGCAAGGAUGUGAUUCAGCCAGCACAAGGCGGCUUACUUUGCAUGCAGAUGGCCAUUUGAAGUUGAAGGAGCAUGGGUAGAUGUGUGGCGAUCCAUUAACAUGGCUUAGUCUGAAGAGCUUCCAGCCGCUCUGAUUUAAAAUGACAGCUGGGAUUUUGCUCCAUGGCAAACCAAAUGAAAGCUUGCAGUUCUGGAAUAAUUUAGUGCUUAAAAAAAACAAAGAUAUUUGCACUGUACAAGUUCCAUCGCUGUCCUGAGAAAACUGCUUUUUGGAUAUAACAAACUAAGCUUUCUGGAUCGGGAGAAUAUAGGGUAGCCUUAGAGCAGCGUUUCUCCACCUUCUGGGAUCUGUGGGCUGGCUGCCCUUUGAUGACACAGGCACCUCGAGAUGCUUUGCCAUCAACAGGGAGGGGGUUCCCAUUUGUUGCAAGUUGCUAAAGUUGAGAAACAUUGCUCUGGGGUCUAAUAUUGGUGCUGGGAGACAUCCGAGGGCUCCGGUUUCAUCUUAAUUAUUUUCUUUUUCUUGGUUGUGUGCAAUAUUAUCUCAUUUUUAAAUUAUAUGGCAUCUCCCUGGACUGUUUUCUAGCUGGGGUGAACAAGUGACUCUAACAACUGUUAGUUUUGUAAUUACGACUUUCUCCUCACAUUUUACAGAUUUGCCAUUAAUGGCAAUUAAAGAAGUUCUACAGAAAUGA